GUCCGUGAAACGUGUCAGUCGUUUCCUCUGGUACCAAGACAUUGCCCACUGGCCACUCGCCCCUUUGCUCCAGACAUCAUGGCGUGACAGCAUGUACUCUUUUAUAUCGGGCUCCUAUUACGCAGGUGGGCGCCUGCUCGAGGAGUAGAGGCGCAUUUCCAAAGGCUGCUUGUUCUACGGGACACAGCAAGAUCUCCUUCCACAUCCCGCCCGGAGAAAUCGGCCGCAUUGCUUUGCUGAAGGAGCGGACAGACCAAGCCGUGCAUGAAAACUAAGUGCUCGCAUGGGUACGCAUAGUAUUAGGGGAGAAAGGAAAACAAGACGGCAUCAGUGCAUUGGUGGGAUUCCUUCGCUGGCAUUCAGAUGGGAAGUUACACCAUCAAAUGGCUACAGUGAUGGCAAACAACUGCCAGUAAAAGAGGCGUGCUGACUGCGCUGUGCUGCUGUAAUUACUAGAGACCGGUGUUGGCGGAGAGUUUUCGACCUUCGUGGUUUUUUGACUUGCAGCCUGAAUCUGUCGCCAAGCUUAAACCGUCAGAGGCUUUUCCAGCGCAACACAUCGCUCCAGAAAGAGCCCCGGACUGCAGUUGUUUGUCCUCGCACCAUCUGUACUGCGAUUCAUAACAAGCGUGAGCUUUAUUGGAAACUGAAUCCACCGUUUUCCUACGUUACAAACCCGUACACGGGGACUUGAGACGAGCACGUACGCGUUAUCCCAUGUGAACGCGGCUGGGACGCAAGAUGCGCACUCUCCUGAGCUUUUGGAUUUUGGGGAUUUCAGCUUUACGUUUUCUGCCUUGAAACAUCAGUCGGAUAGUACUGGGAUUUAAGGUGGGGUUUUAUCCCUGCGCAGGUAACUGGAAGAUAUCCUACUGUAUCUUGUUCAUGACACUUCAGCAGCAGAUUGUCGUUCAUCACGUCCGUUGGAUUUGUCAGCACAACCCCGAUCACCUUAAUAAGAUGGUUUAGGCGUGAAUUUGGAAUAAAUGAACUCCCAUUGCCGCCUGCGAUUGUUUGCCAAUUUACUCGGCGAGACAAAAGUGGACGCUGGAAAUCAUGUGCAAUAGGAUCAACCCUUUGGCAUCUGCCUUAUUAGUCCCACUUUUGACAUCUUUGAAGUGAACCCUGUGAGGAGCAUCCAACGACACAAUAUUCUGGUGGUUCUUUCCCCUGUGACACCCGUGCGAGCCACCUGCCUCAGCUCUGACUCUCUGACCACCAGCUGAUCGGGAUGCUGAUGUGAAACCUGUGAUGGAGACCAGAGCUUGAUAUCUGUCUGUGUCAGAGGCAAGAGGACAAUGACCACACAGCCAAAAGAAACCGAAGCACACCCAAGCAGCACUGCUGGCUCAGAAUCAAAAUGCACAGUAGUCAAUCAGUAGGAUUGCUCUAAACUGAAGGACCCAGAAACUGAUCGACAAUGGACCGGCUGGUUCUGUGCAUGCUGCUGUGUGCAGCUCUGGUGAAGGGAUACAACUGUCCGGGCCGUUGCAUCUGCCAGCACCUCUCCCCAACUCUGACUCUGCUCUGUGCUAAGACUGGUCUGUUGUUUGUGCCCCCCACCAUCGACCGCAAGACUGUUGAACUGCGACUUACCGACAACUUUAUCACCAUCAUCCGCAGGAAAGACUUUUUUAACAUGACUAGUUUGGUCCACCUGACCUUGUCUCGUAACACCAUCAGCCAGAUCACCCCCCAUGCCUUUGUAGGCCUACGAUCCCUACGGGCUCUCCACAUGGAUGGAAACCGUCUCAGUGUUAUAAAUAGUGACCACUUUAAAGGUCUGAUAAACUUGCGGCACCUCAUCCUUGGAAACAACCAGAUCCACGAGGUGGCCCCCACCUCCUUUGAUGAGUUUGUUUCCACUAUAGAGGACUUGGAUCUUUCCAAUAACAACCUGCGCGGCCUGCCCUGGGAAGCCAUAGCCAGAAUGACCAACAUUAACACACUCACACUGGACCACAACCUGAUAGACCACAUCGAAGUGGGCACCUUUACACUGCUCACCAAGCUGGUCCGCCUGGACAUGACCUCUAACAGGCUGCACAAGCUGCCACCGGACAGCCUGUUCCAGCAUGCACAGGUGCUGUCCGAUGCCCGGGGCUCCAGCUCCUCCACGCUGGCUGUGAGCUUUGGUGGGAACCCUCUUCACUGUAACUGUGAGCUGCUGUGGCUCCGCAGGCUGACAAGAGAGGAUGAUCUGGAGACGUGUGCCUCACCAGAGCACCUCAUGGACAAAUACUUCUGGUCCAUCCAAGAGGAGGAGUUUAUCUGUGAGCCACCACUGAUCACCAAACAUCUUGCCACUAAGCCCUAUGUGAUGGAGGGGCAGGGUGUGACUCUUAAAUGCAAGGCCGUGGGUGAUCCAGACCCGGAGAUCCACUGGCGAUCACCAGACGGCAAACUGGUGCAUAAUAACUCCCGCACCAUCCUGUAUGAUAAUGGCACCCUUGACAUUCUCAUCACCACGCUGAAGGACAGUGGAGCAUUUAAUUGUGUGGCGUCCAAUGCCGCAGGCAUUGCCACAGCUGCUGUUGAGAUCAAUAUGAUCCCCUUGCCCUUGUUUGUUAACAACACAGGCCACAUGCGAGAGGACCCCGGCCUCUCAGACAUCACGACCUCCUCCAAAUCUAGCAAUGACACCAAGGGCUACGACAAGCAGGACAGGAGGGUGAUGGUCACCGAGCUGACCUCCUCCUCUGCUGUGAUCCGUUGGCCAUCUGAGCGCCACAUCCCUGGCAUCAGGAUGUACCAGAUUCAGUACAACAGCACAGCAGACGAUACUUUGGUGUACAGGAUGAUCCCAUCUACCAGCAAGAACUUCUUAAUUAAUGAUCUGGCCGCAGGGCGGGAGUAUGACCUUUGUGUGCUGGCGGUUUAUGAUGACGGCAUCACGUCACUAACGGCCACGCGUGUGGUUGGCUGUGUGCAGUUCCACACGGCCAGUGAGGUCAGCCAGUGCCGCUUCAUGCACAGCCAGUUCCUGGGAGGCACUAUGAUCAUCAUUAUCGGUGGUAUCAUUGUUGCUUCAGUGUUGGUGUUCAUCAUCAUCUUGAUGAUCCGUUACAAGGCCUACAGCAGCCCAGAGGACAGGAAGGCCAAGGUCAGCUCCAGCAUGCACUCCCAGACAAAUGGCAGCCAGCAGCGGCUCCAACGGUCAGCCUCCAAGCAGCCCUCCGACGAGGGACUGCAUGAAGCCCAGGCACCUAAAGAGUGCAUGGCGCUGGUGCUGCGGGUGGACAGUGAGAAGGAGGAACCAGGAGCCGCCAGUGCCAUCCUUGAGGUGGAGCUGCCUCCGCUGACUAUAGACAAGAUAAAGAGAAGAACCAGCCUGGAUGUACAGCGCUUUAGUGCCCUGUCUGAGGACACACAGACGGACAGCAGCCUGAUGGGCUCCACCAUGUCCCUGUGUCUCAUAGGCUCUAACUCCGGCACCAACGAGGCUCCCAGGCUGAAAGACAAGAAAAGUGCCCUGGCUAACAUGGGCUUGGUCCCUAAUGAGCUGGCACGAACUAGGCACAGAUUCUCUUUUGACGGUGGGGAUUACUCCAUAUUUCAGAGUCAUAGUUACCCACGCAGAGCGAGGACGAGGUGGCACAAGUCCACCAACCAGCUCAACAUGGAGUCAUCGCCGCUCACUAACAGGAGAGUUACGUUCAGCAGCACUGAGUGGAUGCUGGAGAGCACAGUCUGAGGAGCGCAGUGCAUCCGGAGACCGGCUCAGCCACUCACAUAGCAUACACACACCAUACAUCGCAGGCGGUAAACAGUAAACACAAGCAGAUUUCUGUAAGUUGCUGGAGAGGAACAAUCUCCCUUCAUCCUGCCUCUGCAUCAUACUCCCAGAGAGGUUUGUUGGCCAUGUCCUUUCUUUAUGCAGCAGUGCCUUAUGCUAAGAAAUGCACGAAUGGAGGAUGCUGCUCACUGUAGUCAUUAACAAUCUAUCAUUGAUAGAUGAUCUAGCUAUCUGUCUGUCAUUGCCUCCCACCCUGAUGACGGGAAGCAUUUCCUUGGAUUUUUAAUUUUCUUCUUUUUUCUGUGACAUGCCAAGGGGGUGUGGAGUUUGGAUGUGACUGUUUAAUUGUUUAAGGAAAAAAAAAAAAGACAAAAACUUCAUUGUAACUGUAAAGUGAACAGCCAGGUAUCCUGUUAUGUCAAUCAUGUUUUGGGUUCCUUCAAAAAAAAAAAAAAAACCUUUGCACAGAAGACAC